ACACUCUCCCACUCAUGCCUGGCAACCCAGCAGCAACUUCGGACUGGGGCAAAACAAGCCCGGGCCCCUGCGGCACGCGGGGCGAGGAAGCGAGGCCGCUCGCGGGGUGCCUUGCGUGCCCCCCACUCCCGCAGCCCACGCCCUGCUUGCUCACUGUGGGGGCGCAGCGGCCAGGCUUCUCUGUUUGUUGUUUAAAGAAAUCCUAGGGCGGGCGCGCGGUGGCAUCUGGGGUGGAGGGGGGGGCACAGCCAGAAUUCCCUUCCAGCAAGCGCAUGAGGGGCAUUCUCAACGCAAAACCAGACCCAGAAAGUAGUGACCAGCCCUCCUCGGAUUACCCUUCAUUGGCUCCUCCCUUGCUCCCCCCCUCCAGAUUUGCAUAAAAAAGGCCAAGAAAACUCUGGCUGUGCCCCAGCAGCGGCUCAUUCUGCUCCCCCGGGUCGGAGCCCCCCGGAGCUGCUCGCGGUCUUGCAGCGUCUCGCCCGCGCGGUCCUCCCGGUGUCCCGCUUCUCUGCGCCCCGGCCGCCGGCUGCCAGCUUUACGGGCCCCCGGAGUCACACCCAGCGAAGAGAGCGGGCCCGGGACAAGCUCGAACUCCGGCCGCCUUGCCCUUCCCCGGCUCCGCUCCCUCUGCCCCCUCGGGGUCGCGCGCCCACGAUGCUGCAGGGCCCUGGCUCGCUGCUGCUGCUCUUCCUCGCCUCGCACUGCUGCCUGGGCUCGGCACGCGGGCUCUUCCUCUUCGGCCAGCCAGACUUCUCCUACAAGCGCAGCAAUUGCAAGCCCAUCCCGGCCAACCUGCAGCUGUGCCACGGCAUCGAAUACCAGAACAUGCGGCUGCCCAACCUGCUGGGCCACGAGACCAUGAAGGAGGUGCUGGAGCAGGCCGGCGCUUGGAUCCCGCUGGUCAUGAAGCAGUGCCACCCGGACACCAAGAAGUUCCUGUGCUCGCUCUUCGCCCCCGUCUGCCUCGAUGACCUAGACGAGACCAUCCAGCCGUGCCACUCGCUCUGCGUGCAGGUGAAGGACCGCUGCGCCCCGGUCAUGUCCGCCUUCGGCUUCCCCUGGCCCGACAUGCUUGAGUGCGACCGUUUCCCCCAGGACAACGACCUCUGCAUCCCCCUCGCUAGCAGCGACCACAUCCUGCCGGCCACCGAGGAAGCUCCAAAGGUAUGUGAAGCCUGCAAAAAUAAAAAUGAUGAUGACAACGACAUAAUGGAAACACUUUGUAAAAAUGAUUUUGCACUAAAAAUAAAAGUGAAGGAGAUAACCUACAUCAACCGAGAUACCAAAAUCAUCCUGGAGACCAAGAGCAAGACCAUUUACAAGCUGAACGGUGUGUCCGAAAGGGACCUGAAGAAAUCGGUGCUGUGGCUCAAAGACAGCUUGCAGUGCACCUGUGAGGAGAUGAACGACAUCAACGCGCCCUAUCUGGUCAUGGGACAGAAACAGGGUGGGGAGCUGGUGAUCACCUCGGUGAAGCGGUGGCAGAAGGGGCAGAGAGAGUUCAAGCGCAUCUCCCGCAGCAUCCGCAAGCUGCAGUGCUAGUCCCGGCAUCCUGAUGGCUCCGACAGGCCUGCUCCAGAGCACGGCUGACCAUUUCUGCUCCGGGAUCUCAGCUCCCGUUUCCCAAGCACACUCCCAGCUGCUCCAGCCUCAGCCUGGGCAGCUUCCCCCUGCCUUUUGCACGUUUGCAUCCCCAGCAUUUCCUGAGUUAAUAAGGCCCCAGGAGGCCACAGGAGUGGAUAGCUGUUUUCACAUAAAGGAAAAGCCCACCCGAAUCUUGUAGAAAUAUUCAAACUAAUAAAAUCAUGAAUAUUUUUAUGAAGUUUAAAAAUAGCUCACUUUAAAGCUAGUUUUGAAUAGGUGCAACUGUGACUUGGGUCUGGUUGUUUGUUGUUGUUUGUUGUUUUGAGUCAGCUGAUUUUCACUUCCCACUGAGGUCACAACAUGCAAAUUGCUUCAAUUUGCUCUGUGGCCCAAACUUGUGGGUCACAAACCCUGUUGAGAUAAAGCUGGCUGUUAUCUCAACAUUUUCAUCAGCUCCAGACUGAGACUCAGUGUCUAAGUCUUACAACAAUUCAUCAUUUUAUACCUUCAAUGGGAACUUAAACUGUUACAUGUAUUACAUUCCAGCUACAGUGCUUCCAUUUAUUAAAAGCACAUUAACCAUUUCUAUAGCAUGAUUUCUUCAAGUAAAAGGCAAAAGAUACAAAUUUUAUAAUUGACUUGAGUACUUUAAGCCUUGUUUAAAACAUUUCUUACUUAACUUUUGCAAAUUAAACCCAUUGUAGCUUACCUGUAAUAUACAUAGUAGUUUACCUUUAAAAGUUGUAAAAAUAUUGCUUUAACCAACACUGUAAAUAUUUCAGAUAAACAUUAUAUUCUUGUAUAUAAACUUUACAUCCUGUUUUACCUA